AAAGGUAGUGGUCAACCUCCAGUGCACGCGACCAUUUAAAUCAACAGUUGCAAGUUCCAAAGGUCGGGAAAUUUGUACGUGUUUGCGUGUCAAACUUCCAGGAGCAUUGUCUUUAAAAUAAAGAAAGUUGUCAUUGGAAAUACCAUCGCUUUUCUUUGCCAACGUUUCUCGCAAAAUUAAAUAUGGUUGAUUCAAACUGUAUGACUCUCACACGAUUUGUUCUCAAAGAACAACAUCUACAUCCAGAGGCGAAGGGUGAUUUAACUCAACUUCUGAAUGGCCUAAUGACAGCCAUCAAAGCUGUUUCAACAGCUGUAAGAAAGGCAGGAAUUGCAAAACUAUAUGGCAUAUCUGGAGUGACAAAUAUACAAGGGGAAACUCAACAAAAACUGGAUGUUAUUGCAAACGAGCUUUUUAUCAACAUGCUCAAGUCCUCAUUCCAGACUUGCCUCUUGAUUUCUGAAGAGAACGACUCUGUUAUAGAAGUGGAAACAGAGCAACAGGGAAAGUACAUUGUGUAUUUUGAUCCCCUAGAUGGAUCCUCCAAUAUCGAAUGUCUCGUCUCAAUUGGCUCAAUCUUUGGGAUUGCCAAAAAGCCAACUGACAAACCAAUCACACAUAAGGAUGCUUUGAUUCCGGGCCGUGAUUUUGUUGCAGCUGGCUACGCAUUAUACGGAAGUGCAACUAUGGUUGUUCUCAGUACUGGUAAUGGCGUAAAUGGAUUUACUUUGGAUCCGUCCAUUGGGGAAUUUGUACUGACAGACAGGAAAAUGAAAAUUAAACCACGAGGCAAGAUAUAUAGCAUCAAUGAAGGUUACUACAAAUACUUUGAUCAAGAGACUCGAGACUACAUUGAAUCAAUGAAAAAUCCUAAGGAUGGUAAAGCACCAUAUGGGGCACGUUACGUUGGAUCAAUGGUCUCAGACAUGCAUAGAACACUGGUCUACGGUGGCGUCUUUAUGUAUCCUGCUAAUUCUAAAAGUCCAAAAGGAAAGCUCCGGCUAAUGUAUGAAUGCAUCCCAAUGGCCUAUAUUGUGUGUCAGGCUGGAGGAAUGGCGACGAAUGGUAGUAUAGAUAUACUAGACAUCAAACCGGAAACAAUUCAUGAACGAGCUCCCAUUGUUAUUGGUUCUCCCGAAGAUGUGAAAGACUAUUUAUCUUUUGUCAAGAAGUAGUUCUUUGCAUGAGUAUGGGUGUAAAGGCUAUCGUUCUAUGUUGUUUUUAAAGUCUUCACGCAAUCCUUUCUUAAAGAUUGUAUUGUCAUUAUUUAAAUAAAAUUUCCUAGCUACAA